AUACACAAAAAUAUUAAUCAGAGCCUGGACAAAGAGUCAUUGUCUUCAAGUUCAGAUCAAAAGAAGUUCUUUUCGUUAAAAGGUAAUAGUACUCUAUUAAGGUGUAAAGGGAAUUUUACAUGCCAAGAAAGAUUUCAAUUUACCGUAGCAUUGCGCGCGCGAGGCAAAGCAAAGCAGUUGUUCCGCUGCAAAGUUAUGGAGAUGCAGCAAAUGAUGCUACCUAGACCACACUCCCUCGCAAUUCUUCACAAAUUUUCAUUCGUUCUUCCAUUUUUCUUCAAAUUUAGCCACAAAUUCGCAAUACCCAUUUCAUUAAGUCCUUUGGGAAUGCCUAGAAGCAAAUUCAUGAAAGAAUAUGAUUCGGAAUCGGUUAGUUUAUCACUGAGUGAUGUUUCGGAGCAUGCGGCUUCCAACUGCAAGGAGAUUUCAUGGGAUACGUACAACGAGAUGCUGUGCGAACUGUGCGAGGAAGGAGAAGUCGACGACGCCAUGGCUCUGCUCUCGCAAAUGGAGGCGUUGGGUUAUCGCCCCAAUUCGGCGUCGUAUUCGUGUUUGAUAACUAGCCUCGGAGAUGUAGGAAGGACGUUGGAGGCCGACGCGAUCUUCCAAGAAAUGGUGAUUUCGGGAGGUAGGCCGAAGAUCAGGCUGUUCAAUGCAAUGCUCAAAAGCUGUUUGAGGAAAGGCCUCUUAGAGCUGUCUGAUAAAGUUUUGCGGGCGAUUGAUGAUAUGGGAUUGGAGAGGAAUCGUAAGACGUUUGAGAUUUUGAUCGAAUACUAUGUUAGCGCUGGGCGUUUGAACGAUACAUGGCUGGUGCUUGCUGAGAUGAAGAGGAAGGGAUAUGAUCCCAACUCUUAUGUGUAUAGUAAGAUCAUCGAGAUUUAUAGGGAUAACGGGAUGUGGAAGAAGGCAAUGGGGGUUGUGGCGGAGAUACGAGCAAUGGGGAUGAUGAUGGAUAGGAGGAUAUAUGGUAGCAUCAUUGAUACUUUUGCAAGAUAUGGUGAAUUGGAAGAUGCUUUGGAAGUGUUUGAGAAGAUGCAAGAAGAUUGCAUAAAGCCGGAUGUUAAGACAUGGAAUUCUUUGAUCCAAUGGCAUUGUAAAUUCGGGGAGACUGAUGGUGCUGUGAAGUUGUUCAGUAGGAUGCAGGAACAGGGGAUUUAUCCUGAUCCCAAGAUUUUUAUGACGAUCAUCUCCCGUUUGGGGGAGCAGGGGAAAUGGGACAUCAUAAGAAGGAUUUUCGAGAAUAUGAAGGGUAAAGGACACCAAAGGAGUGGAGCCAUUUACGCAGUUCUUGUUGAUAUAUACGGGCAGUAUGGGAAAUCACAAAAUGCAGAGGAUAGUGUAAUGGCACUGAAAUUGGAAGGUGUUCAGCUUGAUCCUAGCAUGUUUUGUGUUCUGGCAAAUGCUUAUGCUCAGCAGGGAUUAUGCGAACAAACUGUUAAGGUACUGCAGCUGAUGGAAGCAGAAGGAAUGGAAAUGAACCUGAUAAUGCUGAACGUUUUGAUCAACUCGUUUGCAAUUGCUGGACGACAUAUGGAAGCGCUAUCGGUCUACAACCACAUGAGAGAGAGUGGUAUCAGCCCUGAUGUUGUGACCUAUAGUACUCUAAUGAAGGCGUUUUUGUGGGCCAAGAAAUUUGAUCAGGUCCCAAAGAUAUACAGUGAAAUGGAGGCUUCAGGAUGUUCACCAGAUAGAAAGGCCCGCGAAAUACUGAAAUCUGCUCUGCUUGUUCUUGAACAACGGCAUUCAUAGCGCGAAUUCAGCCUGGAUUCUUCAUCGCGAGAGCUGAGAUCAGACAAAGAUUGUGAUAGACAAGUAAGACCAGUUUGUAAAUAAGAAACCAGCACUUCUGUUUACACCCUUGUUGUGCAUACAAAUAUUUGAAUGAAGUAAAUGUAAUCACAGUUCCUGAAAUGAGCAUGCAUUUUGAUGUUUUAUUA